UUAACUUAAAAUUCCAAAAGUAUAUAGUAAGCCAGAUGUUGCUGUCUGAUACUUAUUUAUUUAUUUUUUCUAUGAUCGAUUCAGCAGGAUUAAUAUUUCUUGUCGUGUUUUUCAUAAUUAAUUUAUCAGAUUUAGAAUGCGAUUAUAUUAAUGCGACAGUUUGCUGCGACAGACUAAACAAGUUCAUCAUUCCUGAAAUUGUGGCUAUGCUUUGCCUUACUGCCAUAUUUUUCGUUCAUUUUCAUUGGAUAUAUUUCUUGCUGACAUUGCCAUUGUCAUUAUGGCUUGUUUACAGGUACCUAAAUAAACCUGCAGGGAAUAUGGGUAUUUAUGAUCCUGCUGAAAUUCACAACAGAAGUGAGCUGAAAGGUUUUCUUAAGGAAGCAAUGGUGAAAUUAGGAUUUCAUCUUAUAUCAUUCUUUAUCUAUUUGUACAGCGUUAUAUCUGUGCUCAUUUCAAAGAAAAAUAAAUCUUAAUGUGCUUUGGUUCCUGGCAUUAGAAAUCAAAAUGUUUGGAAAUAAAUAUGGAUUGAAAAUCAAGGGCAGCAGAAGCUUGAUAAUUAAGGGGGAGCCUUAAUUCAUAUUUCAUACUGUAUAAUCUGUAAUAACUAUUGAUUUCAAUGGAAACUAAUAAAGUAAAACAUCCAUAUAUGAAUGCUGCCCUCCCCACCUAAUUAUUAAUCUUUUGCCUCCCACUUUAAAAUGUUAUGUAUAUAUUCUAAAUGUGGUUGUGCACUACACAAAUCAUAAAUCUUGCACUGACAACGCUAUGUUUUGGAUUGUAAAAUAUUCUUCAAUAAAAAAACCUGAAACCUUGUUAAAA